CCCCGGCUCCCGCGGGCGGCGCCAGGCGGAGCCGUCGGAGCUGCGCGCCGGCCGGGACCGCGCGGCCAGGUCCUUCCCUCCUUGCUGAGUCGGAUGCUCCCCGGGGCUCCCCCUUCCUGGAGGGACACCUGGCUCCAGACACUUUCUUCUCCUCCCCAUGUGGGCUCCUGAAGGGAGGGAAGAGCCAGCUGUGUGCAAGUAAUCACAGUGGGACCCCACGCCCGGCUGGAAGACACCCGUCCGUUUUCCUCCACACCGCUCACAGGCUGCUCUGCGAUGACCACAGCAAGGUACCGGCCCACCUGGGACCUGGCCCUCGACCCGCUGGUGUCCUGCAAGCUGUGCCUCGGGGAGUACCCAGUGGAGCAGAUGACCACCAUCGCGCAGUGCCAGUGCAUCUUCUGCACCCUGUGCCUGAAACAGUACGUUGAGCUGUUGAUCAAAGAAGGACUGGAAACGGCGAUUAGCUGCCCUGAUGCUGCCUGCCCGAAACAGGGUCACCUUCAGGAAAACGAGAUUGAGUGCAUGGUCGCAGCUGAAAUUAUGCAAAGAUAUCGAAAGCUGCAAUUCGAAAGAGAGGUGCUCUUCGACCCCUGCAGGAUGUGGUGCCCGGUGCCCACCUGCCAGGCCGUGUGCCAGCUGCAGGACCUGGGGCUCCAGACCCCGCAGCAGGUGCAGUGCAAAGCCUGCAGCGCCGAGUUCUGCUCCGUCUGCAAAGCCAGCUGGCACCCUGGCCAAGGCUGCUCUGAGACCAUGCCCAUCACCUUCCUGCCCGGGGAAACCAGCGCUGCCUUCAAGAUGGAAGAGCCCGACGCGCCCAUCAAGCGGUGCCCCAAGUGCAAGGUGUACAUCGAGCGGGAUGAGGGCUGCGCGCAGAUGAUGUGCAAGAACUGCAAGCACGCCUUCUGCUGGUACUGCCUGGAGUCGCUGGACGACGACUUCCUCCUGAUCCAUUAUGACAAGGGGCCCUGCCGGAACAAGCUGGGCCACUCCCGGGCGUCUGUGAUCUGGCAUCGGACGCAGGUGGUGGGGAUUUUCGCUGGAUUUGGGCUCCUGCUCCUGGUGGCCUCUCCCUUCCUGCUCCUGGCCACCCCGUUCGUCCUUUGCUGCAAGUGCAAGUGCAGCAAAGGCGACGACGACCCGCUGCCCACUUAGACGCCGCGGCCCCCGCCCCGCGUGGAGAAGCGCGGCCCCCCCC